ACAAGACAAUGGCCUCCGACUCCUCAAGCCAAGCACCUGGCUUGCAGUCGCGCAAGCCCAAUGCACGGAAACGUGCCCAGCUAUGGAUGACCAAGGGUGGCCUUGUCCGAGACGACUCCGAUGAUGAGCUGGGGGAAGAAGACCACCCAUGGGAGUGGAUCUACGACACAGAGGACACUGAUGAUCAGGACAGCAAACCGACGGCCGACUCUACGCAGGAUACCCCGAAAUCGAUGCGCAGACGCUCCGUCCGUCCGAAUGCCAAACGCUCACGGAAGAUAAUCGGUGCUCGCAUGGGCUCGUUCGAAUGCGCCUUGGGCCAGGUGGUGCUGCUCAAGUCCCCAGAGCCUGGCAAGGAUUGGAUCGGAAUCAUCACAGAAUUUUUGGAACAAGAUGAUGAUGAUGACGAGAUCAUCAAGUCGGCCAAUAUCAUGUGGUUCGCUUCUCCGGACGAGUUCAUGUCGACGAAGAACAAGAGACGAUCGGACGCGCUGCCCAACGAACAGUACUUGACGGCGGACUUCAAUGUCAACCCCCUCACCUCAAUCAACGGCAGAGCCACGGUCAUGUCGAAGGAUGCGUUCUACGCCAAAUAUCCUGGUGGUGUCCCUCCGAAGGGAAAGGAAGCUCUGGCGGAUUUCAACAAGUGCAUUGUGUGUCGCAGAGGAGUGAACCAAGUUCAGGGAAGAUAUACCGAAGAGUUCAUCUGGGAAGAGGUCUAUCGAGAGGAUAGACUGUUUGACCUCAUUGAUAUGAUCAAGUCUGGGCUCAAGGUUGCGAAGAAACGGAAGCAGGUUGAUAACGAUUAUGUGGAAAGUAAAAGUGAAGAGAAUGUUGCUCCGAGUACACCCAGGAAAAGGCAGAAAGUGGCUUCGAGUGCCACCCCUCAAUCCAGACGUCAGAAAUCCUUGACCACCCCGACUCAUAAGAGGAUCGUUGUCAAAAAACCACUCGAGUUUACUCCUCUUGGUACCCGUAUCCUCUCACCAUCACAACUAGCCUCUCCAUAUCGACAAGCGCGGACUCUCCUCCAUGUGUCUACCGUGCCGCAAUCGCUCCCUUGCCGGAAGACGGAGUUUGACGCAGUCUACAGCCAUCUCAGCGCAGCCAUCAUGGAAGGAACGGGUACUUGUAUCUACAUCUCUGGCACACCCGGAACGGGUAAGACAGCAACCGUUCGCGAGGUGGUGGCUCAGUUGAACGCCGCCGUCUUGGCGGAAGAGAUGGACGAUUUCAUCUUCGUUGAGAUCAACGGCAUGAAGGUGACUGACCCUCAUCAGUCUUACUCUCUGCUCUGGGAGGCCCUCAAAGGUGAUCGUGUAUCUCCGUCUCACGCUUUAGAUCUUCUUGAACGGGAGUUCUCGCACCCUUCUCCCCGGCGAGUGUCCUGCGUCGUCUUGAUGGACGAACUCGACCAGCUCGUCACCAAGAACCAGUCGGUGAUGUACAAUUUCUUCAACUGGCCCGCCCUACGACACUCCCGCCUCAUCGUCCUCGCCGUCGCCAAUACCAUGGAUCUCCCCGAGCGAACCCUAAGCAACAAGAUCUCCAGCCGUCUCGGCCUCACCCGUAUCACCUUCCCUGGCUACAAACACACCGACCUAAUGGAAAUCAUAAGUACACGACUGGCCAACGUGCCAGGUAAUAUCGUGGACGCGGAUGCCAUCCAAUUUGCCAGCCGCAAAGUCGCCGCCGUCAGCGGUGAUGCGCGUCGCGCCCUGGACAUCUGCCGCCGCGCCGUCGAGAUCGCCGAACAGCAAGCCAACGAGGCCGCUCGUAAAGAGCCCCUCGAAACCAUCGACGAAGACGACACCGAGUCGAUGCCCCCGACCCCGAGUAAAACUCCCGCUCGCAAAGACCGGGCAUCCAACAAGAAUGCCCUCCUCCCCCCGUCCCCGCAGAAGAGACCCCAACCCACCACCACUGGCACCAACAAACCCAUCGUCGGGCGCGUCACCAUCGCCACUAUCAAACAAGCCAUCCAAGAAGCCACCUCCACCCCGCUACAGCAGUCCCUCCGCUGUCUCCCCCUGGCCGCGAAACUCUUCCUCGCCGCCCUCCUCGCCCGGGUCCGCCGUACCGGCAUCUCCGAGUCCACCGUCGGCGACGUCAUCGACGAAGCCAAGCGCAUCGCCGAUGCAGCCGUCGCCGUCGCCAGUGCGGCCGGCGUCGGCAUCCGGGAGUUCUUGCUUGUUGGCGGCAGUGGCGCGCGGGUGCGUGCGCUGGGAUCGGCGGCCAUGGAGCUCAUGAACUCCGGUGUGCUGGCGUUAGAGCAUAGUGCGGGCGCGAAGGGACCUCUCGGUAGCGCGGCCAUUCCGCAUCGGGGUGACCGUAGCGGGAAGGUGCGAUUGCGGGUUGCAGCGGAAGAUGUGCGCUCGGCGUUCUGUGAUGAUGCAGAGGCCAAGGGGUUGGGACUGGGCAUUGAGCAGUAAUCCAUUCGGUUAGAUGAGCACACGUGAUAGACCACUG